GCGUCAUUGGCGCUAGCAGUGCAGGCAGUGAGUCCCCAGAUUCGGCGCCGCUAGCCAGAGAUGGCGUCUCUUCUGCAGCCGGAUAGAGUUGUCUAUCUGGUUCGUGGAGAGAAAAGGAUCCGAGCCCCUUUAUCCCAGCUUUAUUUCUGUCGUUACUGUAGUGAGCUGCGGUCGCUGGAAUGUGUGUCUCACGAGGUGGACUCCCACUACUGCCCGAGCUGUCUGGAGAACAUGCCAUCUGCAGAAGCCAAGCUUAAAAAGAACAGAUGUGCAAAUUGUUUCGACUGCCCGUGCUGCAUGCACACGCUGUCCACUCGGGCCACCAACAUCCCAGCACCACUGCCUGAUGAUCCUACCAAGACGACCAUGAAAAAGGCUUAUUAUCUGGCUUGUGGUUUCUGCCGCUGGACCUCCAGGGAUGUGGGAAUGGCUGACAAAUCAGUUGCCAGUGGUGGAUGGCAGGAACCAGAGAACCCUCAUAUGCAGCGGAUCAACAAGCUGAUUGAGUAUUACCAGCAGCUGGCCCACCGAGAGAAGCAGGAGAGAGACAGGAAGAAACUGGCCAGGAGACGACAGUGCAUGCCUCUGGCAUUUUCGCAACACACAAUUCAUGUGGUGGAAAAAUAUGGUCUUGGAACCAGACUGCAGCGGCAACGGUCUGGAGCUCCCAUUUCGAGCCUGGCAGGCUUAUCCCUGAAAGAAGGGGAGGACCAGAAGGAGAUCACCAUUGAACCUGCCCAGGCCCUGGAUGAAGUGGAGCCCCUGCCUGAAGAUUGUUAUACCAGGCCUAUCAGUUUACCUGAAGUGACGACUCUGCGACAGCGACUCCUGCAGCCGGACUUCCAGCCUGCGGGAGCAUCUCAGCUCCACCCCAGACACAAACACCUGCUUAUGAAGCGCUCGUUGCGCUGCAGGAAAUGUGAACACAACCUGAGCAAACCAGAGUUUAAUCCUACUUCAAUCAAGUUUAAGAUUCAGCUGGUGGCUGUGAGUUACAUCCCCGAAGUGAGAAUUAUGUCCAUUCCAAAUCUGCGAUACAUGAAGGAGAGCCAAGUGCUGCUGACUCUGACCAACCCUGUAGAGAACAUCACUCGCGUCACGUUGGCUGCUUGUGAGGAAGAAGAUGCUGAUGACAUCAACAGCACCGCCAAGGUUAUAGUACCUAGCAAAGAACUGGUCCUGGCAGGAAAGGAUGCAGCUGCUGAGUAUGAUGAGCUGGCAGAACCGCAGGACUUCCAGGAUGAUCCAGACGUUGUUACCUUUAGGAAGUCCAACAAGAUUGGAUUCUUCAUCAAAGUGAUCCCUCAGAAAGAAGACGAUGCCGAUGUCACUGUUUCGCUCAAGAUCCGACAUGACUUCCGCAACCUUGUGGCUCCUGUCAGGCCGAGCGAGGAGGGAGCUGACACCACCGCUGAGGCCAUUUGGCUCAACCACCACGUAGAGCUGAGGCUGGGACCGCUGGCUCCCUGAACAUGAAUACUCUAUUUAACACAGCACCAUAGUCUGAACUUUGGGCUCUUUGAACUAAUUUCUUUGAACCAUAGGAUUAAUUAAAUUUAAAUGAUUUCUGAUUCUGCUUAUUGCUAUAUGAACAAUUAGAAACCUAGUUGACUUACAACCUUUUCAGCCUGGACUCCCUGUGCUAAGAUUAUGUUCAGCCUUGGCUGACAAACUAACUGUUAAUUGCAUCAGUUACAGUUUUAAUGUUGCUUCAAAAUAUAUUCUAUAUCUCACUACAUCAUCAUUCUAUGCUGAGACACUGUACCAGUCUAAAGCAGAAUGAGUGCGCGGUUGGUUAAAUGAAGCAGAUCCUUAUAUAUAGAGAACAUCUGAAGACUUGUUUGGUUUAAAAGCUUGUGUGUUUUCUUUCAUUUAGUACAUUUCAUAUCUUUAAAUGUAUGUCUGUGGAUUUUUUUUUUAUCUCUAAUGGGACUGAGGCACAGAUCAGAAAAUUUGUGUUUCAGAGAUGAGGGUGAAUAGAGAUGAAAAUGUUUGAGCAGAAUCAGAAAUCAUAUCGAAGAACAAUUCAACUCCCAACGCACACACACCUCUGCACUUCUUGCCAAUGUGUCCCAUUAACAUCCUGUUCCACACAAUAGGUAUUGCAUGCUUUAAUUAGAAAACAUUUUGGACAUGCUGGAAAACGUCUUCACAAGUUACUAGUUCUGGAUAGUAAACACUAAACACAUUGUUCAUGGUUUUGAAAGCAAGACCUGCACAUGAUUCUAUCGUCUGAAGUCACAGAGUAGCUGUUCCAGUCACCAUGGAGAUGAUGUAUGCAAAGGUUUGGCUGAUGUGUUGGUCCACUAGUUAUGUUUAUUUUUUCUUUCUUGGUUUUUAGAUUUCACUCAUCUUCCGCAUCGGUGUGUUGUAAGCUGCUGUCAUAUUUGGUCUUCAGUGUGUGAACUUAGUAAAAAUAUAAACAGCCUUUCAACAAACUACUGGGUAAUUAAAUAAUGUCCUACUAUAAAAAGCA